AUGGACAGACACAAAAUCCGAUGGGCCAUCCUGCCUCAUCCCGGCGAAAUGGACCAUGGAACGGUUCGCGCAACGUACAAUCUCAACCAUUUUACGAAGCUCAUGAUGGCCAAAGCCGCGAGACCUUUUAUUGCAAAGUUUCCUGCUAGGCUAAAGGGUGAUGAACCCCUCGUUCUGAUUACCGUCAAGCGCGGCGAAGGCGACGAAGAUAUCAGUACCGGAAGGCCGGCCCAGGGGAUAGUCGAGACUGUAUGGGAGGUCAGCAAAGUCUACAUGGCCAAUCUGCUGGAAGAUGGCGAAGAGGAGGUCCUGGUUCCCAAUGGGACAUUUCUCAUUGAUUCGGGGUCUUUCCAAGUGGCCAUUUAUCAUCUUUGCUUGGCUGGAUAA